AAUAAAUAAAUAAAAGCAGACCUCUUGCUGCAAUAGGAUGAAAGCACAAGUUGGCCCCUUAGGAGCAGCCUCCGUCCAAGUCUGUGCAAAACAAGCCCUAAUGCUGAUGAAGGAAUUCCAGGAAUUUCCUCUUUCUUUGCUACUUGCUUCAAAAGCCAACAUGGAGGAGAGGGGGAGGGCAGCCAGGGGCAGGGGUGGUUCAACCUUGUAGACUGUAAAACUGAAUAGAGCCUAGAUUGUUUUGGUCUGUUUUAGUCUUUGAAAUCUGUCCUGGAAGGUCUGAUAAUCAUCAGCUUUACAAGAGGAGAAUGAUUGAAUACUGCAAUGCAGGGAAUACAUGCCAAGUAGAGUUGCUAUUUUUUAGCAUAAAUUGUGCCCUCUGGUUGCGAUAAGGGAAAAGAAAGAGUUAUGUGUUCUCAGUAUGAAAAUGCUGCUUAGUUUAAAUUUCUUGCACAACCAUUUAGGUACAGGGAGCAACAGAAGACCUCUAGUUUUGUGUCAGCCACCGUGAAGAGCUGUGCAUAUGAGUGAAGUUUGUGCCCAGAACAAUUUUCUGGUCCCAGAGUGGAGUCAAUUCAGAAAAUUGUCCUUUUUUCGCUUAAAUGGAAACUAUUAACUUGCACUGGUAAUAGUGCUUCCCCUAUAACCAUAGACCAUCUAUGCUACAACAGCACUUACAUUGCUUGGCUCUAUUUCUGGAAUAGGACAACUCUCUGAACACGGUUAUGUCUCUCACCAGGGGUGUCACAGGCCUUGGAUUGUAGACCUACGGACUGGACGGACCAAGUGUGACAGUACACUGAUCACCUCCCAGGGUUUGCAGUAUGUUGUUGGAGGGGACACUGGAUGCAUAAGACUGGCAGAAGCCAUGAGUGUGAGACUCAUGAAGUCGGCAUUGCUGCCAAAUGCACUAUAUCGUUGAAAAAGAUACUAGGUGCAGCUGGAUGCUGCUGGUUUCUCCUGGUGGAGUAACUUAUGGAUAUUACUUUCUUAUGGGUUCUCGUGCCUCCUUGUGCUACCAUUCUCCACUCUGUCUGUUGUAAUUAUACAAUUGCAUCAUAAAAACAAUUUGGGUUUAAGGAAACAAUCAUUUAUUUCUUUCAUUUGUUACUGUGAUAUUAUCAGAGUAAGUAACUGGCUACACAACCCCUCCUUAGGGUAAAGGGAAUUUUAGUGACUCAGCUAAUAUGGUCCCAAAGGUUUAGGAAUGACUGAGCUUACCCCAUAGCCCUUACGAGGGAUCUGGUUUAAAGUCAACUAUCUGCUCCAGAGACUGUGUGAGAACACUUUUCUCUUGCCUUCCUCCAAGUACAGUUGCUUUUUUCCUCAGCCCUUUUCUUCCUGCUGUCCAGUGAUUUAAAACUGUUUCGUAAGACCAGAGAGUAAAACCUCUCCAUUUUUUUUCCUUUAGGCACAGGGUUGGUUGGAUUAUGGGGGGGGAAAAAAAAAAAAAAGUAUGUUUGUGCUACAUGAAAACCCUGUCCUGUCCAGACUCUGCAUGGCAUGAGCACACCUCACACCUUAUAGAUACCAAGAGAGGCUGACUGGACAAAUCAUUUGGAAGACCUGAUCUUGAAAGCCAAUGGAAGUACAGCUUUGAAGAGUCUGUAGUCAGGUCCUGAGCCUUGCAGUUCCUGGCACGCUGAAUACCAAAGCCAAUCCUAAAACAGUUUUGCUAUUGUUCUUAGGACAGAAGUAUUGGUUUUGCUUCUUUUUUCUCCUUCUACUCUUUCCAUUCCUCCUCCUUUUUGUUUUCAUUUAACAUGCAGUCUUUUUUGAAUAAUAUCCAGAGACUGAACCCCAGAUGUACCAAAUGCCACGGUGCUGCAGGGAAUCCAUGAGGUUGGUCAUCUGUGAAGGAGAAGUGGGCAUAAUUUGCCACUACCUCUUUGUUUUCUGAGAGGUGUGGGUUUUGAAUAGAAAUAGAAAAGCUUCCCUGAUGGCAGUGUUAAGGUGCUGGGUUGAAAGCCCCAUCAUGUCCUUAGGCAUAGCAGCUUCAGGGGUGCUGCACAUGAAUGAGUUGAGCUUUUGCACAGGAAAAGCAGUGCUGGAAAUAAAGUAGCUAAAACAUCUAGGUGUUUAACUAACAGUGUGUCUUUUACUUCAGUGCAAAUAAAAAUACACUGCCUGGAGUCGCACACAAAUGUUUGCGCAUAAAAGACUCAUCUGUGUGAAAUCUACAGUUGAUUCUACGUGUAUUUCAUCUGAUGCUCUUUUUGUUGCUGCCAGGCAGAAAUGCAGUAAUUCUUUUGCAAAUGCAAGUAGAAUCAAUGAAUCAUCUAGGUUGGAAAAGACCUUCAAGAUCAUCUAGUCCAAUUGUUAUGAUAUAUAUACAGAGAGAAAGAACUAAAUGUCAUCAUCACCUGACAUAUCACCCUGGACUCUGGACUCCCUCUCUAGCCCACAAAGGUUGUGUGUUCAAGGCUGAUGCUGCUCCCAUCCUAAAAUAGACACUUCCAUUCAAUUAACAUCAUAAAAAGUUCUUCCUCUUUCCCCCUGGGUGUAGAAGGAUCUAGCAACGACUACCUCAGUCAGUUAGCUUGCUGUUGAGUGAGAUGCAUCUCACUCCCUUUUCUUUAAGAUCACCAUGUAAGGAAAAGUAUUGGAGAGCUGUACCUUAUGGCAUUGACUCUUCCUUCCUUCUAGGCCCAAGGGAAACAUGGGAAACAAAGCCUUGUCCCAUGACAGUGUCUUCAUUUUUGAGUCUGUAUCAGGAAGUGCAGCGGGUGACACAUCAUCUCAGGAAUGCAUACCUGGAAGAGUGAAAACUUUGCAGCUUCAGCUGCAGCAGAACAUCAGGCUUGGAUCUCCUCCACUUGUUAUCACUGGAAAGAAAACGGAAGAUGCCGGCACAGUUUCGGAGGAUGAUGGAUUACCUAGAAGCCCUCCUGACAUUUCAACCCUUCAUGAAGUUCUGACCGAUUCGCCAAGCAAGUCCUCCAACCCUGUUCAACGUCAUAGCUCUUUGAGUUUAGGCGGGACAGACAGUGAAGAUGAACAGAUACCUUCUGGAGCUUCCUCCAGGCCCAUCAGCCCUUCAGCCUCUGCUGCUCUAGGGGCUGCAUGCUCACGGGGCAGCAGCUCCCUUCCCAUUGACUUCACCAUCCCUGCCAGCCCCCUGGGCUGCCUGGACACCUCUGCUGCCCGGCACCGCAUUGCCAUCAACCCCCGGAGACAGAAGGGCUUUACCAGCAAGAGCCAGCAAAGCCAGGUGGAACACAUAGAAAAAGAAGCAUGCCUUUGUGGAACUCCAGAAAAGAAGGGAAAUCCAGAGGAAUUACUUGAAAGUGACCAGCAUAAAAGCGAUUGGGAAGGCUUGUCAGCCCAUGUGGAACAUGGUGCAAAGGGAGGUGGUUCUAAGGAGACACCAAGUGUGAAAUGUCCUGCUGAUGCUGACCCUGACUCCUACAGUUCCACACUUGUGGCAGAAGACUCUUGUACUCUGCUGCAAGAAGAUGCAUGCCUUCCAGAUGUGGACCAUCAUUGUAAUGCAGCCACAUCCCUUCUGAGACCUGAGUCUCCUCCAGUGAGCCUGGGGGAACAGCACAGUGCUGCAGUGCUGCAGCGUUCAGGUGGUACUUCUGGGGAACUGAAUUUACAUCAGCAAAAUACCAGUAUGGAAGUAUCUGCACUUCCAAAAUCUCAACAAAGUGAAGCAGGAGCUGUUGUGCUUCCAGGUGUACUAGCAGCUAACUCGUGUAGCAGCGGCACUGAAAUGGAGAGUAUAACUGUAUUGGCAUAUGUUGCACAAAACUCCCCAGCAAAAUCUGUGGACCAAAAUGUCCAAGAACAGGAAAAGGUGGGUACACUAUUGAUUGGCAAAGUAGAAGCUUCUCUGGGUACUAAUGAGAGCUGUUCCAACCAGUCUGUCUUAAAUACCGUUGUGAGCACUUCACAGGUUGCUGUAGCUGAUUCAGAGUUUUCUGACGUCAAGACAGUGGAUGUUUUGAAGCCUGACAACAGCUCAGUAACAAGAAACGACAACGAAACUUGUGAAAAAAUGGAAUUUCAGCCAUCCAAAAGCAAUGCAGGAAAAAAAAUAGACACUGCUGCAUCUGUGUUAGAAGCAGGUUGCUUGCUACCUCCCAGCAAAUUGGAAGUAUGCUUUAAAGCAGAAAUACCUAGUCCUGUUUCAGAGGAUAACCAUGUCAGUCAGCAGACCUGCACAUUGCAAGCUUCUGAAAAGCUUUCCAUUGAAAGUCUGGCCUCUUCAAGUUUGGCUGGGCUGACAUGUAAUGUCUCUUCUAACGAUGACUGUAAGGAGUACCAAGUAAGCAGUACAGCUUCUCACAGGAAACCAGAGAGAGACAGUCAGUCCUCAGAAGAAAAUAUACAAAGUCUGCUAAAGACUGCUGCUGCAAAGCCAGUUAGGUUUACCAUUGCACCUGCAUGGCAAAGAUCUCUCUCGGGGGCGUCAAAUUCCAAGGAAGAUUCCUAUAUCAGAAGUUCCCCAACCUCCCCUAUAAGAUCAGAGUUAUUUGAAGGAAUAACAAAACAACAUGCAGACAUCCAGGAUUCUAUGAAAAACAACCCCAACAGAUUUGAUCGAGAUUGUAGGGAAGGUGAUUUGCAUUUGAAUUCUUCUCUGGAAUGGGCUGACCAUGAAGCAAAAAAUGCUGAAAAUCCUUUUGGGGUCAAAUUAAGGAGGACAUCUUCUUUACUGAAGUACCAGAGUGAAAGUUGUGCUGAGUCUCCAAAGCUGCUCCCCUCAGCUGCUCCCACUGUUUCUGCUGCAGUCAAGGAGGAUCAGAAGCCAGGGAGCAUUGGGAAGCCACCUCCAAGCUUUCCUGGUAGCACAACAUCAUUUUUAAAACAAGCCGAUCUAGAAGACAAAAAUCCUCCCAAGACAAGAUCAGAAGAAGGGACAAAGAAGCAAAAUGGUACUAAAACUUCAGAAAAAGUAUUCUCUCUACAUUUGGAAACUGCUUCCUCUGAGCCGGCUUGGAUCUCCAUGGCAAAACUAAAACAAAAGGGUUUCCAGGACCACCCUCUUGCCAAAGAACAGAAGGCUGAAGAGCAAAUCUUGAGCAGAGUUGAUCAAGAGGAGCAAGUCAUCUGUGGUAAUGAGAACAUACAGAGGAACAUGCCUUCUAGCUUGAGGACUCAGGAGAAGAAACCACAAAUGAAGACCAGUGUGUGUGCUGCAGCAGGUAAAGUUGGACCUGUUGCUCAGGAAGCAUCUGUGAUUCCUGCUGCUGAAAAGGAAGCAAGACACUCUUCUAAUCUGCCAAUGACACCAUGCAGUCCUGCUGAACCACCCUGGCUAUCCCUGGCCAAGAAGAAAGCCAAAGCAUGGAGUGAAAUGCCCCAGAUUGUACAAUAGCAAAUGACAUGGACAUCCUUCUUUGUACUGUCAAUAGCUGCAUUAACUCCAUUUAAAUCCUUCACUGUGAUCAUUUUUUUGAGAAAUUAGAGCCUUAGAACUUUUGUUCAGACUGCUGUAUGUAAAUAUACAGUGAAGAAAUGCCAUCUGGGGCUCAAUUUUGAAGUAUUAGCAAGCAGAGGAUUUUCUACUACCAACUACUAGGAAAACUUGAUCAUUAUGUCAUACACUUAUGUAUUUGACUAAAAGACACUGAUGUUCCAAGAAGAUGUCCUUCAGGCUUUUGAAAUGUUUCCCUUACAAAUAUGUUUCUCAUGUUUCCAUGAAUGAUGUAGUGUUUUGUGCAAUGUGGCUUUGGCUAAGGAAUUAAUGUUUGCUAUAAAAUAGGUAUGAUGCUGUACAAUGAUGCAUCAUUGUGACUCAUGGGCAUUGAUGUCAUCACACUUGUGUGUGAUGGUCUGCAUUUGCUUCUGAUUGCUAAUGGACCUAUUUUGUGAUAGCUGCGGGAUCCAAACAGCACUGUGAGUUGGAGUAAUUUUGCCUUUUGGAUAAUUGAAAUCACAGUGCUGUAGGUCUUGUGCUUUGCUCAGUGAUGCCAGGUGGAAUGACCCAGAGACACAUGCCUCCUUUUCUCUCCCACAUCCUAGAAAACCAUCAUGCUCUAGCAUCCACUCUGUUUUUGGUUGUCUGUUUGGAAAUCUGGAAUAAUCUACCAAAAAAACCCACAAACCAAACCCCAAAAACUCUUUAAUUAUGGCAAAGAGUGCUUUUUUUUUUUGUGAGAUUCAUCAGCAAACCCUUUCUCUUAAAGAGUGGCAGCGGAUGGAAACUCAUUGCUACCUGGAAAUUCACAGCAUGUUUUCAACAAAGGCCACUCCAUUUUUCACGUUCUUGUGUGAUAAAGGGGCUACUUUCCCCCAUGUGUCAUCUAUCUUUAACCAGUAACCCAACAUCAGUCUAAAAAUGCCAUCAUUGAAGGGAGCAGACUAUUGAAAGAAAAGCUUUAUAAAAUGAUGUUAGUGGCUUAAAAGACAACAGCACCUACAGGUCCCUUUUGUUGCAGCAUUGCACAUUUACAAUUCUUGUUUACAGUCAGUGCAAACUUUGAAGGCUGACUUGGCUGAUGGGCAGUUUUUAGUUGGAUAGGUGGUAGGUAUUUCUGAGGAAAAAGUUGUAGGAUUAAUUGCAAAACAAAAAAUAGGCGUCACAUAGGAAGACUUCAGUCUUCCAGUCUUGGCCCAAAUUUAUAUAUAUAGAUCACAAUAAUUGAAAACAGUAUUAAUUAGGAGCUAGAUUGUGGACUCUUCUAUAUAGGUGAAAACUUAACCAAGUGGGCACACUGAAGCUAUAGAUUGUUUGUUUCGUACUAACACAAAAAAGACUAAGAGUUUCACUGCUGGUUUGUUAAUCCAGUCCUAUUUUACUACUUGUUUUCUUUAUUUUAACAGUAAUUUCUUCUUUUGCAAGGAUCUGAAGUAUCUGUAUUCCUCUGAAACUUUUGAGUGUAAUGUAAGUGGACAUACUCAGCUUUGAUUUCUGAAGUUCUGUCCAGCUGCCACCCCAUCAGACACUUACUGACCCUGUGUAAAAUACAUGUAUUUCCUUAUUCAGCAAACUCUUCUCUUUUGGUUAGUGUGGAUUGUGGUCUUUUCCCUAAAGUACUGCAAAUGUUACUAGAAUCUCUCUGUCCUUGUUUUCACUUUUGAUCUUGUUUCCAUUAUGUUUGGUAUGUACAUAUGCUUUUGUAAUCCUUGUCUUGAAGGAACCCCUUUUGUAUUCCUUUCUCAUUUUUAUUUUACUAUUAAAUGUGGUUGUCAAUGG